AUGAAGCGGUUUUUUGUGGCCCAUAACUUUGUCGAAACGCUCCGACCCAUGUACUACUUGACGAAGGCCCUCGGAUUGGUUUCGUUUACGGCCAAUUUCAAAACGGCCAGCAUCCGGCGCACGUUCAAAGAUGUCCUGAUCUUUGUGGGCUACGUGUGCUUAAACAGUUUUCUGGUGAUCAAAUCAAGCACGGCACCGUUCGAUCGGAAUCGAUCGUUGUACAAUUCCGCGCUGAUCGAGUUCAUUCUGAAUCUGUUCCUGUCGAUACAAAUGCUGGCCAUGAUCGUGGUCCCGAUAGUGAACUAUCUUAACGCGUAUCGAUACGAUCGCCUCAUUCAGCUUGUGGUGGAUGCUGACCGCGAACUGGAGCGAAUCGGUUACCGGCACGAUUACAGUACGGAAUAUUUCUGCCACGCCAUGUAUCUGCUCGUGGCGUUCUUGCUUCAGAUCGGAUGCCUGUCCGGGACGGUCCUUUCGAAUCCGUUCCAAGUGGACUAUCGAACGGGUGAAAAUACGGUAGUGUUGAUAACUUUCAUAAUGGCCAAUCUAAUGUUCAUCACAAGUACGUGCUACUGCUGCGAGGCGCUCUGGGCCAUUGUCUAUCGUUACCACAAAAUUAAUGUUGCCUUCGGCUUAUAUUUUCAUACAAAACCGACUGCGACGAAGAAGCUGUUGCCAUUGGCGGAAAAGGAAACGACCAAAGCAUUCGCCGUACUUUACACCAAACUGUCCGCCAUCAUUUUGCACUACAAUUGGUGCUUUUUCGUGCACAUUUUUUACGUUUUGGCCAGCGCAUUUGGAUUGAACUUGGUGAGCUUUUUCGCCAUCAUCCACGUGUACCUAUCGCCCAGGGCUGGCCGCCUUGCUAACGCCGGUCCCAUCAUACUGUCGCAACUGUUUCUGAGCUUCUUCUAUCUCCUGAUUAUAUUCCAAAUCAUCUUUGCUGGAAGUUUGUUGCACAAAAAGGCCAAAGAAACAGCUAUUUUGCUGCAUAAAGCCAUCAUUUACAACGAAUGCAAUCAUGCCGUGUUACAACAGUUGAGAGCGUUUUCUAUUCAGCUGUCCCACCAAACUCCGAAGGUUUCGUGCUAUUUCUACGAUAUCGAUUGGGCUUUUCUGCUCACGAUGAUUUCGUCCUUCGCAACGUAUCUCAACAUUUUGGUGCAAUUUGACAUCAUGCAAAUAAGGGCCGAACGGUCCGAAAGCAAUCACACGAUUUUGGGGUUUGGCCAAUGA